AUGGCUUCAAGUACAUCUACGGUUCCCCAGUGGGUUCAACAGCUGCAGUCGCCCCCAGCAGCAAAGUCCAAAGCCCCUGGCAUCGUUGACCCGCCAGGCUUCGCUGGCUCUGGAGGAAGCAAGAAGCAAAAAGACUCCAAGACCGCGCCGCGAAAGUCCCCGACACACGACGAGAUGGAUACCCUCAAGCUCAAGAAGGCCUGGGAGGUCGCGCUUGCACCCCUCAAGGGUCUGCCCAUGACCUUCAUCAUGAUGUACAUGUCCGGCAACUCGCUACAGAUAUUCAGCAUCAUGAUGGUCUUCAUGGCCUUCAAAAACCCCAUCAUGGGCCUGGCCAACACCAACCAAGCUUUUGAGCGUUUCCAAACCGAGACAAACUCAGCCAAGAUUCUCCAGGCCAAGCUGGCCUACGUGCUUAUGCAGCUUCUAGCGCUCGGCGUGGGUAUCUGGAAAAUCAACGGGAUGGGACUUUUGCCGCACGUAAUCUUCCUGUGA